AGUAAAAAAUAAUGAAUUAUAAUUCAAUAAAAGCCUCUACAAGACUCCAACAAUACAUCACAUCAGUGUCAUUUCAACUGUAAAAAAUAUAAUAUUCAUUUUACUCAGUUAGUUGUACCAUACACAGAGGACUGAAACCAGGAUUUCAGAAAUGCUGAGGUCACAUGUCCCUAAACCAAGUCUCCAUUUUAAUCUUAUCAUUUUCAAUUAGAUUUUGUGUCUUUUUUACUUAAUAACACACUGAAUCAGCAGCUGCUUUAUACCCUCAGGAGCACUUUGUUCAUAUCUGAGGGUAAACAGGAUUUAUUUGGGAAAACUUUUGUGUUUGUUACUUUCAGAAGCAAGUUUCAGAUGAAAUCAGGGGUUGGGUGAAUAUAUACAAACUGGAAAACUGUUUAUGAAUUAAUCGUCAGCACAAAAACAAAGUUACAACAGCAAAUAAUUCUACAGCAAAUUAAUUUAAAGAAUGUAAACACUUGGGUUUGUUGAUAUGAACUCGGAAUACAAAUAAAUUAUCUGUAAUUUUUUUUUCUCUGAUCCUUAUUUCUGUUUUGGCCGCUGUGUGUCGCUUCGGGUCGAGUCGUGUUUUUCCGGCAGUAUCCGGUGCAUCUCUUUCCUCGACUUCAUGAAAAAAACAAACAGUCGGGCUGUCUUCCUCCCACCGCAUUAGGUCUCCUGAUUCCUUAACGUUACCGUAUAUUAUAUGGGAGGAAAUAUUACUAAUUCAUCGAUUAUCGUUAACACGUUCUGUAAUUGCGGUUCUUCUCCGGUUCGUACCAGGCUCGGCUGCACUCGGACCCCGCUCUGCCCCGCUGCUGCUCGGUCACAUUCGGCUGUUGUCGUUCGGCGGAAGAAUGGACGAAGCGGACUCGGCCACGAAGGCGCUCGGGCUGGAUGAACCGCCCAUCGGCGGGCCGCCGGUGGAGGGAGUGGGCUCGGAUACCGAGUCGGAGGCCGAAGUCACCACGAUGGCGGUGAUGGCGGAACCGGGAAACAUCGACAUGGGAGCCGAGUCCCUGCCGAACUCAGACGAGGCCGAGGCGGCAUUUGCAGAGGUGACGGCGGUGACGGUGGCGGAUGUUCAGGCUGCAGAGGACAACGUCUUCACCACAACCGUCGCCACGUCAGGAAGCCUCCCUGAACACGUGCUGGUAGAUCAGCAACACACACUGAUGGUCACACCCACUGCAUAUGAUCAGUGUCACUCUAGUGGGAGGACAACCCUCCAGCUGGGUGAAGGUCUCAGUACCCAGAAGGCCACUUUGAUCGUGGUUCACACCGACGGCAGCAUCGUGGAGGCAACUGGCCUCAAGUCUGCCACCGCCAUUGCACCAGGUCAACAGACCACGCCCACCCCGCUGACCCCACCCCAGGACAAAGACUCCUGCUCUAAGUACAACUGGGACCCCUCGGUCUACAACAACGAGCUGCCAGUCCGCUGCAGGAACACCAGCGGAGUCCUCUACAAGAACCGACUGGGAUCAGGGGGUAAAGGUCGUUGCAUCAAACACAAUCAGCAGUGGUUCACGCCCACUGAGUUUGAAGGUCUGGCAGGAAGAGCGAGCAGCAAAGACUGGAAGAGGAGCAUCAGAUACGCCGGCAGACCUCUGCUCUGCCUCAUACAGGAGCGUAUCCUGAACCCCCACGCUGCCUCCUGUACCUGUGCAGCCUGCUGUGACGACCUGACGGCGUGUCCGAAGGAUAGUGGAGAGACUCUGGCAGCAGAAAACAUCAGUAUGACCGGUCCGGUCCGCCUCUUCGUCCCGUACAAGAGACGGAAGAAGGACACGGACCCGCCGCUCGUCCUCCCUAAAAAGGAACUUCCUGCCACCAAAAACAUCACGCUGACCCCUGGGACCACAUUCACCGUAUCCCCGUCAGGACAGUUCACCACCGCCGGAGCCUUGACCUUCGACCGCACUCCGUCAGGUGACGCCACUGCCGCCGCCGCUGCCGCCGCCAUCAUCUCGGAGGGCUCGGCGCAGAGCGAGGUGUUCGCCAGCACUGCAGUGCUGACAGCUUUGCCAGCGUUGGCGGUGACUCCUCAGCCUGUUCAGGCCAAGUUGGCGGUGACGACGACACCGGCGGCGUCUCCAUCUGCGGGGCUGGUGAGCGGGCUGGAGGAGGGGCCAAUAGGGGGGGCGGGGCCGGCAGUGAGCGAGGGGCAGAAGAACACCUGGUUGUACCUGGAGGAGCUGGCCAACACGCUGCUGAGCAACGUGCAGCAGCUGAAGGCUCUGAUCGAACAGGCCAAAAACUCCUCAGGGGACACGGCGGGGUUCAAAGGUCAGGGAGGGAGGAAGGAGUGUGGUUUCAGUCAGUCGUUUCAGAACCAGAUUUCCUUUCAGCAGCCAGACGACCCUGAGGCCAAGAGGAGCUCUGACAUCACUGAGAUCAUCAUCAACCAGAUGUGUGUGAACUGUGGCCGGGUGGCGAUGAGUGAGUGUACGGGCUGUCACAAAGUCAACUACUGCUCCACCUUCUGUCAGAGGAAGGACUGGAAGGACCAUCAGCACACCUGCUGUCAGUCAGCAGGGGGCGUGGCCGUCCAGGAGGAGGAGCCAAUCACAGCCAUCGACAUGGACAAAGUGAAAUGAAGGCGGUCCCGACGUCAUCGCCGUCAUCAGCUGAUGCACACAGGAAGUCCUUACGUGGACGAAGAGGAAAGUACUCCACUUAACAUCUCCUUACUGGAGCUUUUAUUGUGAAAGUUUCCCCUCGGACCAGCAUGAGAGGAAGGUCUGAGAUCUCCUGACAGUUGAACUUGUGUUGGGAGUUUUCCCAUUCACUUCUUGAUCAACACACUCUGAUCAUCAAACUUCUGCUUCAGGAAACAGGAAACUGUCACACGCUGAACUGUACGUGAGCAGAAUGUGGAUAAACUCAUCAAUCGUUUUCCCCACUACUUUAAUUGAUUAUUUUAAGAGUCACUAAAAUGAUGAUUUUUAUUCCUUAUCUUCCCUCGGUGGCUGUUGUCUCUGUCGAAACAUCCUCUUGCUGCCAUUGUUUCCUCUUGAUAAGCAGAUAUAAAUCUCCAGAGACGUCCUGGGUAAAUAAAGGUCGAACACAUCAAUAAAAUAAAAAAUAAGAUUGGAUUAAAACCCCACCCCAUCCCGGCCAGUACUUUGAUGUGAAUUAUUUAUUGUCUUUUCUAAAUGUUAUCGUUGUGUUUUUGUUUAUUAUUGAGAUUCAUGUUUCACAUUGUCAGAUUUUAAAGGUUUUUCUUCCCUUUAAAACAAUGUUUGUGGUCCAGUUCUUAUUUUUUACAUGUGAAAGUUUAUGUUUUCGUCUGGUUGAUCAUCAUCUUUCAGGACUUUAAGGCUCUGUAGUUUUCUCUGUUUACAUGUGAUUCACAGUCCGAAAGAUGAAAACCAAAAAGCAGUGGCGUAUGGAAGCUCAGAGCUGCCAGUAUUUAAUUUGCAAUUUGUGUGCACGAUAAACAUGAGAUGUUUGGCAACUCUGCGAGAAACCAGAGCAGUUGUUUAAUUAGAAAUUAGCUAAAAUCAAGAACAAAUGCACAUUUUAAAGUCCAGCUUGCGGUUUAAUUUUUAAGUUGAAGCACAUUUUAUUCAUUAAAUGGAAGUUAAAUAUUGUCUGUCGUUAACGGCAGCACUUUAACUCGUGACCUCAUUUUGUCAUUUAAAAAAAAAAACACUCCAAUUUACAAGGUUUCUUCUUUUCUUCGAGCUAAAACAAUACAAUACAAUUACAUGAAGGUUUAAGUUUUUUUUGUGCAAAAUAUGAUCUUUUCUGUACAAGACUCAGUGGUUCUGUAGUUUUCUGUUGCUACUACUAUUUAAUUUUCACAUAUCUAACACAAUGUAUUGUUUCUCUGUCAGAGCAGUUGAAUGGUGUCCUCUGAUUGGUGCAUUUCAGCCAAUCAGAUGUGAUGUUUCGACCAGUCGUUUUAAUGUUUCACGUCAACAGAUUUCAGGGGGAAACCUGCUGUUCGGGAUGAAAUACAUUUAUAUUUUACUCUGAUUAGAAUUGAGCUAAUAUCAGGACAGAAUUCACAUUUUGCAGUUUCAUUUCAUAAGUUCUAGUUGUACAUUUUCUGUUCACUGUCAUCAUUAUUAUUGCAGCAUUGUGAUUUAUAGCACACUGGAGAUUAUUUUAAAAUCGAGUUAUUAUUUUACUUUUUUUUUAAUGAAUUAAAUUUACUUGCUUUAUAUUAUUUUGGCAAAAUGCAGAAAUUUUAUUUAAAUUUGAAUUCUGACAUGUUUUCUAUGCAGUGAACCUGAACUUCAAUAAAAUAAAAUCUAAAAACUCCAAAGGAAAAAACCUUGGGAGGUUUUCUACCAUGUA